AUGGGAAACUCGGAUUCGAAGCUUGCUCAGUUUCGAGAGCAUGUAUUCCAACUUGCAGGACCGCACACUAUUCCAUUGUAUUCAAGUGGUGCCACUCCUGAGUCCAUAGCUCGAUACUGUCAGGGACCGCGCAACAACAGUGCCGAGCCCGAUAGUGUGGUAGUGCCGGAGCAGGAUCCGUUCUCAGACUAUUUCAACACGUUGGUGCGCAGCGGCUUUGAUGCCUCCGAUGUGUAUGCUGUAGUUUCGACCCAGGAGGUGCGCUUCAUUCACGAAUCACACGAGGACAAUUUUAAUAAUCUGGUCCGGUUUGCAGCGCUCAAGAUCUGUGCGUUGACCUCAGCACUGCAAAACUGCUCGGAUGUUGCGGAUUUUCGCAAUCGUAAAGAAGAAAUUAUGGGUUGCAUACGUAUCCUAACAAAGGUUAUGCCUGUGUUUCUUGAAAGGGAUACAGAGGAGGAAGAGGAGGACGCUCUGUUUUGGAAUAGAAAUGUCAACGAAGUGUUCAAUUAUGACGCUGCAACCUCGAUUGAGCCAGUGCUGCAGGCGCCUUUCGAAGCUCUCCCCUCUCCUGAAGCUCUACCCCUUCCAGAAGCUCUUCCCGCAUCUAUUAUUGACGAGCUCUCUAACGUCAAGGUCUCAAUAGACGCACCAGCUAAACGUUCGUCAGAUCCGCUAAAUGUGGCCAUAGAGGAACAUCUCGGUGCAGAUGAUCUAACUCCGCUGGGUAUGACGCUUUUGAAAGCAUGUUUGAAGUUGCUUUUCAUGGAAGGGCUUACGGUACCCGUCUCUGCCCCUUCGCCCAAUAGACUAGGUAAAGUCUCCUUUCUACUGUGGGAAAAUGGUGUUAACACCACCAAUUCUACUUAUCAGCAACCUAAUCCAAAGCUUGACUGCAACAGGCUUGAAAUUCUACGACUUAUGCUUACUUUAUCUUCAAGAGAGCUCUACGGUCAAGAGGUUUCAAAAUUUCUUGUGGUUCUGUGUACAUUGAUGCCUGGAUUUCAUUCCAUUUGCCUCGUGUCUUCACUUGUGAAUUUGGUUUGCCGCUCUUGUCGCGAUAAAGACGAUGAUAACGGUCUCACAUACCCACCAAACUCUUACAACAAUUCCAUACCCAAGUCUCAGAUUUGUUCCCUAAGAAAGUCACUUGUGAAUACAUCCACCCAUUUAUUGAAUCUUAUGCUUCUUUUUAAAAUUUCCCCUUCAACACAGCCAUUAUUAUAUGACUUCCUUUACAAACUAAACGUUUGCCCUGUCAGUUACCAAAUUAAUAACAUAGUGACAUCGUAUUUGUCAACUCUCAAUAGGGAAUUUGAUAUGAAAUUAAUGCUAAUUUCAUUGGCGACGUUAUUCAAGAGACCAAUGGAUCGUGCAAUCGAUCAUGAGUCAAAUCCCUUUAAUUUACUUAACAAUAAUGGUGCUAAUUCCAAAUCUAAUCAAAAUGGUACUAAACGUCCUCCCGGUUCGAGGAACAGUACCACAGCGAAGACAACGACUUAUUCUAGCAUGUCUCUUCCCAAAAUACCAAGGCUUACUUUGCAAGUUGUCAUUUUAUUAUGGGAGCUCAUGAAAUGCAACAAAUCAUUCGAAAACUAUGUGGCCGACAAAUAUGCGAACAAGCUCCUAAUCGUGUGCAUAUACUAUUUGAAAUACUAUUCGGAUUGUACAGAAUGGCAAGUUACCUUACUCCCGGUAAUAAGUGGUUUUGCUACUUAUUUGUCUUCGAAAAAGCUGGUACUUUCGAAGAUGUUAUACUACUUUAAUGCCAACUACUAUACAAAUAAAAUCCCCAACUUCUUCAAAUUGUCUUCGGGAAGCAUCAACCAAAUCACCUAUAGGGAUUUUGCCAUAACACAUCUAGCCAACAUGGCGAUAAGUCAAGUGAAUCAAAAUUCAAUCCUAAAAUCAUACCUUUUUGAACUUCUUUUUAAUCUUUUAUCCCUUCCAAACAAUUCUACGGACGAGGAUCUAGUCCAAUUAUCGUCAGAGAAAAAAGGCACCUACCUGGGUUUGAGUUACAAUGCAUGUACUCCUUUGUCGCAUCUUAUUUCUAAGAUGGCAUCUAAAGAUUAUUUAAGUUCGGCUAUUGGAGAAACUGAAAGCUCAGGUAGCUCAUUGGCUUCCGCAGAAACUACAGAAUCUACGGGUAAUUGCAAUGUAGACAGCAAACUUUAUGUUUAUUCGCCAGGUUUGAAGCUGGACAUGCUGGCACUUUUAUUAAGGGCAAUUGUGAUUUCCAUUACAUCGCAUUACAAAGAAUCCAAAAAUCUGCUAUUCAUUUUAUGUCGUCAUCAAAGAAUUAUUUGUCAUUUGAGGGACAGUAUUCAAGAAAUUUCUUCAUCACUUGCGAAACGCGAAAGUAGUGAAGAAGGGUUAGAUUCCGCUCUUAAGAACAGCAACAUAUCACUGGAUGAUUAUUUCGAUGAUAGCGCAUACGAAAAGUUUGUGAAUGAAACAAGCGGGUUUUAUCGACUAAACACAGCUAACAGUUCUAAAUUAGGUGAAAAAUUUCCAUCUCAGUCUUUGUUAUUCUUUGAUGAGCAUGAGAAGGAUCAUGACAUUGACGUAGUUUCAGCGGUUGCCAGUCAAACCGCUAACAAAAAUGCAGAGCUUUUCGAACAUUUGGAUUAUGAAUACGAUCCUAUUUUGGAUUCGACAAAGCUCUAUAUAAAUUUGAGACCCAAAAGACCUUUGGGCUUAACCUUUAGACGCAAAGCAAAGAUGAGGAAAAACGAACUUUUGAGUAAAAGCUGGCUUGGCUCUGAAUCCCUGAAUCUUCUAAUGAAAAUAGUUCAGACCAUCACCAAAGCUUUUCCCCAAUUAAUUCACAUAACUGCAAGCGACUAUCCUAAGUUACUUCGGAAAUUUGACGAUUUUGAACCUGAAUUUCAAUCGUCCAUCGGGGCCUUUUUACCGCUUGAACUCAAAAUAUUCAGUGAACAUUUCCAUGCCCUGACGAUUGACUGGGAAGUCAAUUCAAAUUCCGCUCGGUGGUACCGAUCAGUCCUUUGGGCAGACAUUUUUAAUUACAAUAGUGUUCCAUUUGUUAGUGUAUUUGCUAAAGAAGGUGAGAGGCAGGACGUCAUGCUACAGGGGCAUCACCAACCGACUUCUCAACCUACUACACCGUCACUCGAGAGGUGGAAUUCGCAUGGCUCUGUGAUAUCUCGUACCAAUAGUAAUAGCAGUUCCAUCACAAAUUAUCUAAUCCAUCAAGAACCGGAGUCAGCAUCGAACAGCGUACCUAAUAGUCCAAGUGUUGGAUCAGGCUUUUCUACUUGGCUUAAUGGAAAAUAUUCUACAAAUCAACCGCCAGAGAGGUCUUCGCUAUUCCGCUUUUCGUGGACAGGUUUUCAUAAGACUGGACAAGAGGAUAAAAUCUCGGAAGAAAACGAUAGAGAUUCUAGCAGAGGAAGUACUUCCCACGCUAAUUUAUUUAUAUUGGAUUCAGGUCUUUUGAAACCCAAUAUAUGGGUGGGGACUUACGUUGAACUCUUUAAAGUGAAAGUCGAUGAGAGAGAAGGCUUCUCUCUCAUGGACAUGACUUCGAACAUUUUGAAGAAGCUCAGAUUUAGCAGCACAACUAGCGUCAACUCGUCAGAUGGUAUUCUUGUUACCUCUGGGGCACUUACACCCAUCAGUUCGAGACCUUGGACUCCCAGAGGGUCGCUCACCAGCAAUGCGUCAAUAUCGACACCAAGAGCGCCGUCCUCGAACUUUAAGUUCUAA